AAAACAUCGUUCGUCCUCUUACAACAUCCACCACACAUGUAUUCAUCUCCUUCUUCUAAAUUAUCUUUCCUCUUCUUCCUUCUAAUUUCCCCAAGAGACAAUUAGCCCUUUCAAGUAACCAUGGGCGUCGCUGUUCUAAAUCCCCAGGACUGUCUGAAGCAUCCUCUGUCUCACAUGAAACAUCCACGCAACCCUAGCGCAUGCCCCAACAGGCAGAAAAAAACGGUCUCAAACCGCACGCGCCGUAGCCCGCCGCGAAAACAAACAUCACCAUCUCCUCAUGUAUCGCCGCCGCUUCCUCCUCUCGCUGCGGCGAAGAAGAGCCCUAACAACAACAACGUUGGCCAGGUUAGAAUCCUGAAGCGCGGCGAGGAGAUCCCUAAGAAGACAUCAGCAGAUCUGGUCGUGGAAAAGCCAGAUCUUGUCUCCACUCGUAGGAUCGGACCGGAUCCGGAAAUGAUUCCAAGUCAGAUCCGUUUACCCGCCCGCAAAUCGAAGACGGUGCCGUUUUACGCCGGUCCCGUGACCAUGACUUCUCCUCCUCCGAGCGACGUCCCUCUUCCGGCCUUUUUCGCCGCGAAGAAGAGCGUCUCUCUGUUCCAAGCCACCAACGCUACCAGCGAACUCAUCAAGAUUCUCCGCCUAGACAUCGCGAUCGCUUGACCGCUUAUGUCUCAUCUCAAUCUGAGAUCAAUCGCGCCGAUGUUUCCGCUGUUGUCCAAAACUGUUCCAUUUUCGGAUCGAAUCUUCAGUAAUAAAAUCAUCUACAGUCGAUGAGUCGAGAAGAUGAAGAAACGCAUCUUCGUUAUGAAACCGUUUCGAAUCUUCCCUUAUUUUUUCAAGGGGCAAGGUCGAAAUAUCUUUCUUAACAGGUCUUAGUUUCUCUUCGAGUCUAGUGUUUGUAUAGAGUAUUUGUUCAUAGGCUUUUUCUUUUAAGUUGUGUCUUUGGGUAUCAUCUCCUGUUUUAGGUGUCUGUUUACUUUUAGGUUGGUCUUUCUUCUUGUUUCUCACCUUCCCUAUAGUUCUAAGACAAAGUAUCAGAGAUAUGUAUCUUACUGGCAAUAUGCAGAUUACAGUUUCUGUAUUACUUUGUUCCUUCGAUGUAAGAUCAGUAUUUCCAUCUUUAUAUUAAUUGAAAUUAAGUUUUAUUUGGCUUUUA